UGAGACGUGCCUCGUAGCGAAACAUUAAUGCUAGCUCUACACUCUCGCCGAGGCGACGCGAGGCAACGCGAGCACGAGAGUGUAGUCGGUUCACUCGUGUCGUCUCGUCUCGUCUCGCCUUGCCUCGUGCGUGCUCCGUUCGGUGUCGGUUUUUUUGUAGCGAGUCAAAGGACACGUGCCACGAGGCGAGGCUUAUCAACUACAUUCUCGCGCUGUCUCGUGCUUGUCUGGUUUGAAAACAGCCGUUUAAUAUUGGUUUAUUUAUUUAUUGUUUAGUCAUUUACAUGAUAAAAAUUUUUUUCGUUCAAUAAUUUAUUAAAAUGUCUGACUGGACUAACGAAGAUGCAAUUGCAUUUAUGGAGCUUUAUCAAACUAAACCUAUUUUAUGGGAUCCAAAGCAUCGUUGGCAUAAAGAUAAGGCCAAAGUAAAUGAUGCUUGGGUCGAAAUUAGUAAUGUGUUCAACAAACCAAUUGAUGAACUGAAAAAUAAAAAAAAUUCCAUCAUGGCAACGUUUCGUGGGCAUUUAAGGAGAAAAAAGGCGUCGAUCAGAUCAGGAGCCGGGCAGGAAGAUAUUUAUAAGCCAAUAUGGUUUUUAUAUAAUCUAAUUGAAAGUUUUAUGGGAAAUAUUAAUGAUUGCAACGCUACUUUGGAUACAGAACAGGGUAAUAAUUCACAAAAUGCACAGGAGAUAACGGCAGAUGACAAUAUUAAUGAAACAAAUUUAUUCAACCAAAUCGGUCAACAAACUGAAGACGUCAAUCAAACACAGCGUCGCCCACCGGUUACACCCCGACGCCGAAGUAAUCCUACCGAACUAGAAGAAGCGGGAAAACAAAUGAAAAAGGCUUUUAGUACUCUGGAAAGUUGUAUAAAUAACAGGAAAGAAGAAGACGAGUGCGAUCUUUAUGCAAAAAUUUUCGCCAAAAAAUUACGUAAACUACCUGAAUGUGAACGUGAAAUAUUUAUGUACGAGAUUGAUGGAAUGUUUAUUAAUCGUUUACGUCAUUGCAACAAUCAAUCAUUGACUUCAUGUACCAACCCUUCUUUUACUCCUCCAGUAUCAAAUCAACCAAAAUCAGCUGUUGAAAUAAAUACACCAAAAAGACCAUCAUCGCCUUCUUUAAGUUCUUAUUCUGAACCUGAAUUAAUUCCUCAUUACUCUAUUUCUCAGCCUCAUUCACCAGUAAUUCAUAUUCCGGAAAGAAGUGACACGUGUUCUAACUCUCCGAUUUCAAACCUUUGCAACCCAGCCCAACUCUCCAUCUCUACGUCAAACACUAAUAUUUCAAACCAACUAAAUGUAACUACAUCGAACGCUCCAAAUUUAAAAGACACUGCUUUUUACGCUGCUCUUGACAAUUACAGUGGAGAUUAUAAUUGAUAUUAAUUAAUAAUUAAAAUAAGGCGAAAGUAUAAAUAAAUGUAAAAUUAUGUUUCAGUUGUG